CAUUUCUCCUCAAAGAUUUACAGGUUUGGCGGAGCGUGGGUGCUUUUAUUGUGAAAGUCUAAAUAAUACCAUUUCCGGUACAGCUUGUGGGGUUUGGCCGUAGUUGCCAGGGAGCCGGCUCCAUAGCAACCGGAUCAAGAGAGGAAAAAAAAGUUGAAAGAUUUAUUUGUUUGGUUGUUUUAGGGUUAAGAAGUGAGGAAGAUGAGGAAGAUGAAGAAUCUCCGCAGCAGGUCAGGAGUUGGACUCGAACUAAAAGGUUCCGGUUAGAAAUGCCUUCAACGCUGAUAGUGAAGCCCAAACCGGCGGAGGCGCCGAGGAGAAGCCGAGCGGCGCGGCCGACAGCGCAGCCGCGGGACAAGAGGGGCCCGGCGGCAGCGGCGGGGGCCCAGGGGCCCAAACCGAGGGCCAGGUCCUCAUCCGCUGCCCCGAAACCAGCAGGAGCCAAACCCAGAACCGAGCCGGAGCGCCGCAGGGCCAGCAGCUCCGUGAGGCAGCCGGACGCCCGGGAAGGAGCCGGGUGUCCGGGUCUGAGGGAGCAGCGGGGCCCCGGGCCCGACGGGAGGCCCGCGAUCCAGAGUCACAAGGCGUUCACCGUCAUCCCCCCAAACCCAAAGAAACGUAGAGAAAUCCAGAAAAAGGCGGAGGCGGAGCUAGCCGCUCUGGAGGAGCUGCGCCUGAGCAGAGCCAUGGCCUACGUCUCCAUCAACCCCAGCAGCGUCGGCGGCUGCAUGAGUCUGGAGGAAGUGAGGCUGAAGCAGCAGCAGGAAAUGAUGCAAGCCAAGAGGAAACAGAACCAGGUGAGGAAGCAGCUGAUGGAGGAAACGCGGGUCCUGACCAGGUGACCGCCCACAGCGCCUCCUACUGGCCUCAGCUGGCAGCUCAACUCCUGCUGAACACAAAAGGUUUCCGUCUAUCAGCAGGAAUAAUCGUUUUAAUCUUUAAAUGAUUCACCUGAACAUUUCUGAGUUUAAUUAUUACACAACAAACAACUUUCAACGGUGGAACAUCCCUCAGCAUGAUGCUGCCACCACCAUACUUUGCUGUUGUUCUGGUUGUUUCCUGAUGGAGGAUGGAAACUUCUUACCAGAACCGUUUCAAAUUCUGCAUUUAGUCAGUAAAACCUACAACAGCUGGUGUGUUUCUCGCUCUGCAUAGAUCAUAUUUUGUAUAAAUGUGUUCUCUGUAUUUUGUGUUUGUAUAUAAAUUCAUGUUAUAGAGGAAAUAAAGU